CCGAGAUCCGCCCUAAUUUCAUGGACACCAACCAGGUGUGGAUGGACGACGGGUCGAGCAAGAUCGACAACAUUGGCAUCAUGAAGAUGAUUAUCGACGAGUACGAGAAGUUCCAGGCCGAGGCAAAGCGCAAACCAGGCGCUUACUUUGGCGGGCUCAAGAUAAUCUACUGCUGCCCGAGGUCAUAUCCCAAGGACAAGGUCGCAAAUGGACUAAAGCAGUGCUUGGAAUUUAAGAAGAGGUGGCCGCAGUGGAUUGCCGGAUUCGACCUGGUUGGCGAGGAAGGCAAGGGCAAGCCCCUCAACUUCUUCAUCCCCGAAUUCCUCCAGUUUCAAAAUGACUGCAGGGAGGCAAAGGUUGAGAUUCCUUUCCUCUUCCACUGCGGCGAGACGCUGGAGAUGGGCUCGGAGACGGAUGGCAACCUCCUGGACGCUCUGCUCCUCAAGUCCAAGCGUAUAGGCCACGGGUUUGCCCUCACCAGGCACCCCUAUAUCAUGGAGCGGAUGAAGCAGGAUAACAUCUGUAUCGAGCUGUGCCCGAUAUCGAACGAGGUUCUGGGCCUGACGCCGCGGGCCAAUGGACAUGCCAUGUACGCCCUGCUCGCCAACAACGUGCACUGUACGGUCAACAGCGACAACGGGACACUUUUUAACUCCACGUUAUCUCACGAUUUCUACCAGGUCAUGAUCGGCAAGUCAAACAUGACGCUGUUCGGCUGGAAGCAGCUCAUCGAGUGGAGCCUAGAGCACGCGUGUCUGUCCAAGAAGGAAUAUGAGGCUAUCCACGCCGCGUGGGCCAAGAAGUGGGAAGCGUUCCUAGACGAGGUCAUUGCAGAGUUUGGGGCAUCUGCUGUCACUGUCAAGACCUCAUGAUCUUUUCCUUUUGUUUUACGAUACCAUACAAUUCCUCUGUCUAUAUUCGUGAUGCUCGAUCCAUUAGAUCGCGACGCAUCCGGUAUACUUUUUUAUGUUCAUUUUUGUGUAAUGAUCUUCUGGCGGCGGUUUGCUCUGUCUUGUUCAUCUCUGGAGGCAGCGUCAUGACAUGCAGUACGAUAGAGAGAGGGGCCGAGAGGGGGAUGGUCGUUCAAAUUCCAGGAUUUAUCUAUGGCCCGCUG